AUUAAAUAUAUAAUGUGUAUUUUUUGAAAAAGUAUAACUAGAUCCCUAUAAUGAGACCCAUAACUUGGGGUACCUAUAAUUUCCGACCUAGUAGCCCGGAGGUUUUUCCUCACACCCAUUUCAACUGGGACUGCUCAUAAGGUGUUCAGUUUCCCCGACGCGAAUACAUCAAAUUGUUAGUGCUCUCGUUUUCCAAAAUUAUUCGUAGAAAAAUAGAUUCAGAAAAUUUUUCCUGCAUUCACACUCCCAAGCAUCAGCCAAAUUCUCAAUACGUGCAAAUUGAUCGCGCCGUUCUGACCACCACCAAUCUCCAGCCAUGGCCAGCUCCAAUGUCUCGGACUGGGAUGAGCCACUGCCCACGUCGACGGACUCGCUGCCCGAGGAGGAGGAUCCGGAUGUGUGCGCCGAGGAAAACGUGAAGAAGCGUCAGGAGGAGAACCUGGCCAAGCUGCAGUCCUACGUGCGCCGCAUGGCCUACCAGCCGGCCAUGCCGCCCAAGGUGAAGCCCUACGAUGUGGCCCUGUCCAAGCCGAAGAUGCACACGCUCAUCGACAACUACGAGCAGUUCAAGGACGUCUACGAUCCCAAGCUGCGGGCCAAGCGCAUCAAGCGGAUGCUGGGCAAAUACAAUGCCAUCACCACCGAGCAGCUGGAGGAGAUCCUCAAGAGCAACAAGACCAAGGAGCGAAAGAAGGAGGACUUCCUGAAGCGCAAGCAGGAACUUUACUACAACAUGCUGACCAAGCUGGAGCGCCAGUGCCGCACCCAGUACCUGAACGUGCUCAUCAAGAAGUUUGCCAAGUUCAUCGCCCAUCUGGCCACCACGAUGCGGAUUCCGCCGCAGCUGGUCGAUCCAUAUGCGCGCAUGCAGCGCGGAAUCUUCUGCAACAUCCUGCUGGCCAUCGGUGUGCAGCCCACCUCGCAGUCGGCCAUCUACUACACCAGCCAGGACGCCAUUGAGUACGAUGUGUGCCAUCGCCUGGCGCACGCUCUGCUCAGUCUGAUCAUCAAGGCCCUGGACUCGGCCGCCACACGGGAUCCCAACGAGCUGGUCAAGCCUGCGGACAUGGACUUCGAGAUGGACAACCACAUCAAGCGGCGGCUCAUGUGCGCCGCCGAGAAAAAGCUGAUGUACGAGCGCCGCCGCAAGAAGCCCCAGCCACAGGGCCUUGGAGCCUUCGAGAAGUGCACCCGCUAUGAUUGCGACUAGGAUUUCGUGUCUAGGACGGCUCAUCCAGUAUAUAUAUUUGUUAAUCUUCGGCUUCUCACUUAAAGUGUUUACACAGUCA